ACGCUCGCCGCCAGAUGUCUUCUCUACUCCGCGCGAGUCGCGUUGUUAUGGCUGACUAUGGCACUAUGAAAAUAAUCGCCGUCUCCCGCGACUCGUCGCAACGGUUAAUCAACAAUCGCCUGACGGAGUACUUCGAUCAUGGAUCCAGAACGGGGCAACGCCAGUAUCUACGAGCUUGUGACGGAGUUGGUCAGGCACACGUUGCGGAGGAAUCGCCCCGAGAAUGGGAGCGCCUACGUGCCACCCACGAGCGACGUCAAAAUAGUGAGGAGCUUUCGCUCGAAGGCUUACGAGAUAUUGUUAAACAAGAGUAACAAGACGUAUGAUCAAGAGAACGCAGCAGAUUCUGAGAUUGAUCCCCUGGUGGAGAUACUGAAGCAUGCCUUCGUGCUCAGGCUGUCCCUGAGACGUGCGUCGGAGGCGAAAGAGUUAGAAGGUUUGAUAAGCAAGUUGUAUACUCAGGAGGGUAACACCGACGCUGUAAUUUCCACCUUACGGCUGCUGAUCGAGCUUAAGAACUUUCAGACCGACACGGGGGCUGCAUUGGACGUAUUUCACUAUGGAAAAACCAAUCCCUUCUUACCUGAGGAUGUUAUAUCUACAAAUGGCGUACCAAUGUUUCAAACAUAUCCCAUGGAAUCCUUUAUCCUGCCAGAGAAGUUUGAGGCGAUGCUGGGCAUACGCAGAACCUGUACCAGGCAGGAUACGGCAACCAAUUUUGUUAGCAGAGUAUCUUUCGAAGAUCAGUGUGUAUCAAAAUCCAUCCUAGGGAUCCAAACAAUUAGGUAUAAUAAUGCUAUACAAAUGACUCCCUGCAUAUCGAGCUGUACUGAGAAUUCUACAAAACAUGGUAGCAUGGUUACUCCCUUCUUAGCACAUAUUAUGGUUGAACAAACAAAUAAGAUAUAUUUGUCUACUCAAAGAUUUAUGUCAAACAUGACUUUACCUUGCGAAUGGAUAAAGCCUGUAGAUAAUCAAAAUCGUUUCUGUGCUGUGCCGUCGGACAAUUCCGAUCGUAGUUUUACGAACGAAUCAAAAAGCAUCGGAAGUAUUCCCGAUUUAAUAUGGAAAGAGGUAUUAUUUUCCGAUGAUCGUAUUUCCAAGUUACGAACGUGGGAAUCCCUCGGAGCGCCGGAGCUUUCCAAGCAGUCGCUAUUUGUCACAGAUCUGCCCGAGACCGCGCUGCACCUGGCGAGGAUAAGACAAACAAGUAUUUUAUCACUGCUGCCAAAGAAGGCAAUGCGUUCCGUAUCCCUGAUGCGGGAGGUUUCGUCCGAGAAAUUUUUGUCGGACGUCAAAUUGUUGUUAUUCGGUAUAGAUUCGGAUACCUUUAGAUACGAUACCGUGACGGGAUUUAAAUUGGAGGAGAACAUCACUGUGCACGGAAUAAGCUCCGAGGCGCUGGGGAUUACUUGCCAAGAGGCGGUUUGUUGGGGCAACAGUUUCAGGUCCUUGUCACGCCUUGUCGUGCCCGAUCCGCAAACGGGUAAAUUGCAGCAAGAUGGUCUCAUAUUCAAGGCAAUGUGCGCCAGCGUUAAAGAGCUACUCCUUUACUAUCGCUCGGCGUUGCAGAGGAUUCUCAACCGAUGCGAAUUUCAUGGAUUGUUGAGCCUGUUUAAACAGAUUCGUCCGUUGGCGCAUUUAAUUGUGGAAGUCGCAAAGCUAUGCGGUUGUAACGCGAAUACGCAGUGCACCUUGGGCGGCGGUAGUGGGAUUUUGACGCACAUUUACAAAGAAGUGGCCAAAGUCACCAAUCCUAAGGUCGCGUUGGUGCUUUACUCCAUAUUAAAGUCGUGCUGCGAAGUCUACUUUCGGUUGUUGCAAAAUUGGUUGUUCGAGGGAACGUGCGAUGACGUUUACGGAGAAUUUAUGAUUCAAGCACGGUCUCAUUAUCUGCGAAAGAGAGGACGUAAAUUUUGGACGGAGAGUUUCGCGAUCGAUACCGAAUCGGUACCCGGGUUCUUAUCCGAAUUGUCGGAGUCGAUACUGCAAUGCGGGAAAACGUUGCGACUCUUAAAAAUUUGCAGUCCAAAGAAUCCCGUGUGCAACGCGUCUCUCAAUGCUCAACCGGAAGUGAGGGUCUGCUUGAGUGUAUCCAUGCUGCGAGAGCAGUUGUUGAGGUGUCAGGAAUACGAGCGUAAAGGCGAGGCGGCAUUGGGACCAAUCGUAUCACUUUUGUCCGCGAUUCAGGACGAGAAGAAAGCCGAGAGGGAAACGGCUGAGCUCGUCAUACGUGCGCAACAGGAAACGUUGUCGAGGCUGGACAAGCAACGCAAGGAACUUUCAAUGAAGGCCGCGCAAAGUAAACGGGAGUUGCUGCAAGAAUUGAAGCAACAGGCGGAAGCGAGCGCCUUGAGUAAAGAAAGGGAAAAGGUGAACGAAAUGCUAGCUGAUAAAUUGUUGCUCGAACAGAUUAAUCGAGAGCAGGAAGAAAUACGGGAGCAACAACGGGCCGAGCGGGAAAAUCUUAUAAACUACUAUGACACGUUAACUGCCGAUAUAGAGAGCAAGCGUGCACGAUCCAUCUGGCGAAAGGCGAGAAUGAGUCAUUUCGAAAGACGAGUGGAAUAUUUGAAAUCUGUAAAGAGACUCGAUAGAGAAAUAUCGGAAAAUCCCGCCACACUAAGUUCCAAUGAAAAUACGGUCGUCGACGAACAAAAUGAAAAUACCACGUCCGAGGUGUCCAGCCAAGAUGAAAAUAGCAACUUUGCGGAAAACGGACCGUUGGAUGUAGCUGCGACAGACGUUUCCGAUCAGAGCAAUUCUAAAGAAAAUCUAUCGGCCGCCGAAUGCGUCGACACGGAUGUCCCGCCUGUCUCGCCCGUCGAAGAUCGUGAGCUCGAUAAAGAUGGUGUAUCGGACAAGGAAAUUACAAGUGAAGAAAUUACAAAUAACGAUUCCCUCGUGACAGCGGAUACGCAGAACGCAGAACAUCUACCGCAAGAAUCUCUACCAUUAAAAUACAAGAUCUACAAGAAGAAUAACGAAAGGAGUAACUUACAGGAUUUUCUGCGUGACGAAGCAAUGAAAAGUAUCCAUACUAUAAUGAACGGUGAUGAUAAAAAAACGAGUGCGCUCAAUACUCGUUUAAACGAUAUCUUAGAAACCGACGAGAUGACGGAGAGAAUCAUUGGUGCUAUUAAGAGGCCUAAGUCUUUAGCUAUCGGGAGGAUAGAUAAUAUGACGACUGCGCAAACCAACAAACUUAAAGUCUUGAUGCAAGAGUACGGUAUGACUACUCCGAAUAACAAUGAGCUCAGUACGAUACUCACGGACAAUCAAGGAAUUAUUGAUCGCGCAAAUACAAACGGCAAUAAUCAGGUAUCAAUUGAUAUCAGUAGCGAAUCAAGUUCGGAUAAUACGAAGGAAAACGCGAACAAUAAUGUUCUUUCGACAACCAAUAUCGAAUUGCCGAAAGAAACGGCGAACGUGCCUACGAAUGACGAAGAGUGUUCAAGUAAGAAUAAUGCAAAUAAUGAAGCCCACGAGCCGAUAUUGAAUAAUACGCAGCAGCAGAAUAAUAUAGACACACCGAUGUCGUGUACGACCGACAAUUUCACCACGGCAUCGAUGCAUACUCCUUUGUCGCAGAUACCGAAUAGCGACGAUAUAUUCGCUUUAAACGCCGGCCAGGAAGUCUCGUCUUUAUCCGACGACAUGACAAAAUCGAUCACGGAAGAAACGUGCUUCGAAUCUCCGAUGAGCACUAAUUUCAAGCUGCCGAAUCUAUUCGGCGGUGGUUUCGACGCGAAAUCGUCGGUCGCACCCUCAUCUCUGACCAUAGCGGAUGUCGAGAUGAUCGAUCAUACAUCUCUCAAAGUGUAUUUGGAAAAAUCCAUCAUCAUUCCCCUGCAGAUACAAAGCCGGCUGGUUAACAACGCGAUUAUUAAAUACCUGGUGAACGAACACAACAUGCUUUCGCACUUGCACAGUCUACGCAGUUAUUUCUUUCUGUUGAACGGCGAAUUCGCGAAGAGUCUGACGGACUCGCUUUAUUCGCGGCUUUAUGCGAUAUCCGCGCCGAUCGAGCUCUUCAAUUCCGCCACCCUCACGAAUCUCUUAGAAAAAGCGCUGAUGAAUUCGCUCAGCAAUAAUUACGCCAAUUCGGAACUUUUGAGCCUUUCCGCCGUCGACAAACCGUGUCAGUUAUACAUUUCAGAUCCGAAUGUCUUGGAAUGCCUUUGCCUCAACUACAAAAUAUCAUGGCCGUUGAAUAUUAUCUUGGAUGACACUAUGAUGCUGCAAUACAGUAAGGUGUUCAAGUUUUUAAUCAUGAUUGGCAGAAUGUCGUGGGUACUACAGGAAGACUUUAAUAUAAUGAAGGUGCAGCGUAACGCAGUUAAUUCAGAGCAGUAUCACAAGUUACAGUUAUACAGGCACUCGAUGACACAAUUCACGAAUGCUCUUCACAAUUAUUUGACGUGUAGCGUCCUGAACUCGAGUUGGAAUGAGUUCGAGAAAGAUCUGCAGAAUUCCCGGACAAUAGAUCAGAUCUAUCUUUCGCACAUGAGCUACAUUAAAAGGAUACUUUCAAGGUGCAUGCUCAACACGCGCGGAGAAAAGAUGCGCGUCUGCUUGAUUAACAUUUUUAAAAUCAUAUUGAAGUUUCACAAUCGCUUGAGAUCGCAAGCUUGGACCGUCGGCAGCGCGGGUCGGUACAGCCAUCCGAAUUACAAGAACUUGGAGCAAAUGUACCAGUCGUUCUGCGAGUGGCGGACAUAUAUGGCACACGUCGCGCACAAGUUGGCCACCAGCGGGUACCAGCCGCAUCUAACGCAUUUUCUCAAUGCUUUGAAUAUAAAUCACAUGUACGAUUUAACGACAAAGCAACAAUAGCACUGUGAUUAAAUUCCGUCGUGUCUUCUUUUA